AGGGGGAGAGCGAGCGCGCGAGAGAGAGAGGUGCCGCCUGCGUCGCAUUAUGUGGAUCCCGCUCUUGGCUUGCCUGGCCAUCGGACUCGUCUCCUUGCAAAAAUGCCAGCGAGGUCCUGGCGCGAUCUUGGGGGCAGCUCGGCUGCUCGCUGCAGCCCUGCCGGGGUUGUGCCAGCGCACAGAAAACAGAUGCAUCAUCUCUAAUGCAGCCACAUGUACCAAGUGCCUUGCCGUGGGCCCAGAAUGUGGAUGGUGUACUCAAGAGGACUUCAUGAUUGGAACAGAGCAGAAGGAACGUUGUGACAUAAUUUCACAUUUAAUUACCAGAGGAUGCCGGCCAGACUUUAUAGAAAGUCCCAAAGUGGGUGUCAUUGUAUCCAGCAAUGAUUUUAAUAUACAAGUGACACCUGGAGAGAUUUCAAUCCAGCUACAUCCAGGAUCUGAAGCAAGUUUUAUUUUGAAAGUCCAUCCUCUGGAAAAGUACCCUGUGGACCUCUAUUAUUUAGUUGAUGUGUCUGCAUCUAUGCACAAAAACAUAGAAAAAUUAAAUACCGUUGGGUUUGAUUUAUCUCAAAAGAUGGAAAAUAUUACCCUUGAUUUAAGACUUGGAUUUGGAUCAUAUGUGGAUAAGACUGUGACUCCAUAUAUUAGUAUUCACCCAGGAAGAAUCCAUAAUCAGUGCAGUGAUUAUAAUCUGGAUUGUAUGCCUCCUCAUGGCUAUAUCAAUGUAUUAUCACUAACUGACAAGAUAACAGAAUUCAGAAGUGCAAUUAGUAGGCAAAAAAUCUCUGGCAAUAUUGAUACACCAGAAGGAGGCUUUGAUGCUAUGCUGCAGGCAACUGUAUGCCAGAGCCAAAUUGGUUGGCGCAGGGAAGCAAAGCGUCUACUUCUCAUGAUGACAGAUCAGACUUCUCAUCUCGCCCUUGACAGUAAAUUAGCAGGGAUAGUAGUUCCUAAUGAUGGAAAUUGCCAUUUGAAAGAUAAUGUGUACGUCAAAGCAACCAGUAUGGAGCAUCCAUCACUUGGUCAACUUUCUGAAAAACUCAUAGACAACAACAUUAAUGUAAUAUUUGCAGUCCAAGGAAGCCAGUUUCACUGGUAUAAGGACCUUCUGCCUCUGCUGCCUGGCACUAUUGCAAGACAGAUAGAGUCACAAGCAGUGAAUCUUAGUGAUUUGGUGGUCGAUGCUUAUGAGAAGCUGCUCUCUGAAGUGAAAAUUCAGGUGGAUAACACAAUCCAAGAUAUACAUGUCAGUGUUACUGCAAUCUGUCCUGAUGGAAGUAGAAAAACAGGCUUUGAAGGGUGCCAAAAUGUGAAAUGGACAGCUGAGGUGCUCUUCAAUGUAUCCAUUGCCAUGAGAGGAUGUAGUACAGUUGGAGGAAGAAAAUAUGUGAUGCUUAAACCAAUUGGCUUCAAUGAAUCUACCAGGGUUAAUAUACUCGCAAGAUGUGCUUGUCAGUGUGAGGACAGUGUAAAGCACAGAAGAAUAUGUUCUGAUGAAACAUCUCUGGAUGCUCACACACCCAUCUGCAAGGGCAAUAACUGUAGUUCCAGUGAUGAAUUAUCUUCUGAGCAGUGCAAGAUGAAGAAGAACCAUCCAGUCUGCAGCGGCCAGGGAGACUGCAUAGGUGGACAGUGUGUUUGCCGUAAAACCAAACUUGGCAUGAUAUAUGGUAAAUACUGUGAGAAGGAUGACUUUUCCUGCCCAUAUCACCUUGGAAUCCUCUGUAGUGGCAAUGGUGAAUGUGAAGAAGGCCGGUGCAGAUGUUUUGAUGGCUGGGAGGGUGACCGUUGCCAAUGUUCUUCAUCCUUAAGAAAGCACUGCCUUAAUUCAAAUGGCCAGAUUUGCAGUGGACAAGGAACUUGUGUAUGUGGAAAAUGCAAGUGCACUGAUUACAGCAGUUUUGGUCACUUGUGUGAAUUCUGCCCUACUUGUAGUACAACCUGCAGUGAAAAGUGGAACUGUGUGCCAUGUCAUCAUUCUAAUUCAUCUCAAAUUACACUUGACCAGUGCAAAGCCUCAUGCACUUACAGGGUCCAUUAUAUAGAAAAAUCUUCAGAAUGCAUCUCGAAUGAUCCAAGCCACUGCAGAAUCUUCUUCAUAAUCUUUAUAGUUACGUUUCUUUUUGGAUUGCUUAAUGUACUUAUAAUCCGGCAAAUAGUUCUGCAGUGGAGCAAUAAUAAAUUUAAGUCUUCAGUUGACUAUAGAGUACCUGCAGCAAAAAAGGAUAAGAUGUUCUUGCCUGCUGUUUGUACAAAAACUAUAACCUACAGACGUGAUAAGCCUGAAGAAAUAAACAUUGGCACUACCAAGUUACAAGUAAAUGAAACUUUCAAAUGCGACUCCUGAAGACAGACCACUUUCUUCAAAGCCUAUUUUUGCAGGCCACAAAGUUUAUUUGGGAGGCCCUUGUCUGAUAUGUUGGACUUGGUAUGAGUACUGUAAUGAAAAGGCCAGACCUAAAAGCCUUUGUUGCUCAACACAGCUAGGCUUGAACAGAGCUGCUCCAUUUUGAAAGAGACAUGAGCAAUAACUGCUGAUUAACAAAGUAGUCUAGUUAAGCUGAGAUAUAUAGACUGGAGCCAAUUCAGCCCCAUUUGAUGACCCAAGAGGGCCAGCCUAGUUUCAUAUUGAAGGGGGCUUAAUAUUUGUUCACAACACCACUCAGCAUUGUAGCACUUUAAUGCAAUUUAACAACAUUUUGGCAUAAAAUGUUGAACUAAACUGGUGUGACAAAAGCACUGAUUUCACUUUAGAGGUAGCUAACACAGACUUGAUCUAUGGCAGGGAUUCUCAUACUGUGUCAAGAAAAUACAACAGACACAACCAAUGGCAUUUUAACUGCCAGUGCUAACAGAUUGGAGGACAAGAAAGCAGAACCAGAUG